AUGACGCGACGAAUUGUCCGUGCGAGCAUGCAGCUGGGUGUCUUCGCCACCAUCAUUCUGUUCCUCGUCUUCUUCUUAGACACUCGCUACCGCGUCCUCCCCCAGUCCAUCCACAGUCACCUCCCCCUUCACCACGAAGGUCUCGUCAUCACCGACAUAACCGUCCAAACAUGCUCAAGCCUCAACCCGCUGGGGUCUUGCAAGCUUGACCCCAGCGAAUGGCACCGCAUCGAGAAGGAUCUCUACCUCGACACCGGCUGGGUCUCUGCCGCAUACGUCCACAUCAAGCGCAAGCGAGAAGAGGAGCUCAAGGAGGACGACCGUGUUAUUGAGGACGUUAGGAUUGGGCGCCUAGACCCCGCUAUGGGCGAAAAAGACCAGGCUGCUCAUAGAUGGGAGGCUCGCCCCGCUGGAGUUUGGCUGAAGCGGACGGCCAAGCGACACGCGGCCGACUCUACGAAUGUCGUGACUGCAGUGGACGUUCUCUUCGGUGCAGAUGCUGUCGAACCACGCCCGGGCUGGGAAAUCAAGGACAACGCGCUGCAGCUGGAUACGGCUGGAGAGGUUCACGAGGCUCGUUUGACCAUCCGGCGGGGAAGCCCCAAGGGUUUUUCUAAACCAGUUCCCAGAAUUGGCAAAGACGGCAAGUUCAAAAUCAUGCAGGUUUCGGAUCUCCAUCUUAGCACUGGACUGGGUGUCUGCAGAGACGCGAACCCAAAGACCAAAGAGUUUGCAAAAUGCGACGCCGACCCUAGAACCCUCGAGUUCGUGGCCAAGGUGAUAGUUGACGAGAAGCCUGACAUGGUCGUUCUUUCUGGGGACAUAGUUAAUGGCGAAACGGCUCCAGAUGCUCAAACUGCCUUGUUCAAGAUCGCUGAGCUGCUCGCCAAACACCACAUCCCAUAUGCCACUAUCUGGGGAAACCAUGACGAUACAGGCUCUCUCCCUCGCGACGCACUCAUGUCUUUGAUCGAGUCUCUGCCUUUCUCUCUUGCUCAAAGUGGUUCCAACACCAUUGAAGGCAUCGGUAAUUACUAUGUCGAAGUUCUCGCCCAUGGCAACAACAAGCAUUCCGCUCUCACCCUUUACUUCCUUGAUACCCAUAGCGGUUCACCUGACGAGCGACUGUACCCCGGGUACGACUGGCUCAAACCCAAGCAGAUCCAGUGGUUCAAGGAUACCGCGCAGACUCUUAAAAAGUCGAACCAACACAAGGCGUACACCCAUAUCCAUCUCGAUAUGGCUUUCAUCCACAUCCCGCUGCCCGAGUAUAUGGAUCAAAAGAACGAGAUAGUCGGUAAAUGGGGCGAAACCCCUAUGGCACCACGCUUCAACACCCACUUCAAGGAUGCGCUAGUGGAAGAGGGCGUCAAGGCAGUCUCGGCUGGCCACGAUCAUGUCAAUGACUACUGCGCACUUGCCAAGAACGACAAGUCCGGCGAUCCGGAGCUGUGGAUGUGCUAUGCCGGUGGUAGUGGUUUCGGAGGAUAUGGCCGAGACGAGUGGUAUCAUCGCCGCAUCCGCGUGUUCGAAGUCGACGCGAACGAGGCAAGGAUUUCAACUUGGAAGAGGGUCGAGUACGGAGAGACCGAGAAGAGGCUCGAUGACCAGGUAAUCGUGGAUUCUGGAAGGGUCAUUGCGCCAUAG